AUGGAAAAUAAUCCAAACAAUGAGCAUGUUAAUCCUGUGGUAAUAAAUGGAUAUGAACCAAACCCAACAACAAAAUGGCCUUCAAUGCUAAAACCACUUACAAUCUUUGCACUCAUCUUCGGGUUUUUAGUGUUUAUGCAGUAUUUGAUAGAGAGUAAAAGACCGAUUUUUUACGGCCAAAUUGAAGUGCUAUACAAAGAUUCCCACCAAAACGAAACCAAACAAAUUGAAGCCAUUUUCGUGAACGAUACUUUCCACCACACAUAUGUCUAUGAUUUCGAUUUAAAUUUGACCGGGAUUGGUUUCAACAAUCACUGUUUUUUGCUGCCUCUGCAGAGAGUUCUGCCCUCCAAAUCGUACGUAAAAUAUAUCAGAAAAUUCUCCAUUGGAUACAAAAGUUUCGAUGUUAGAACACAGCACGCCAAAAUCAAAAUGCCCCCCGUGGAAGAUCCGAGAUUGAUCGGUCCAAAUAUCAUGCAAAAGUGUUACGGUAAAGACGUGUUUAUGGUGGAAAAAAUCAAGAGCGUUUAUUCCAUGCAGAACCUCUUCGAUGAGGCUGACAAUAUUUACCAGCUUGGUGGGGAGUAUGUAGAGUGCAUCAAAAUGCAACAAUAA